AUGUUAGAAGAGUUUCCAGAAGCUGUGGAGGAAAUGGAGAAGGAAGGCCUGAAAUACACUUUGACGGCCUUCAGCAAGACUGAUAGAUCUUCUAUGAGAGGUCGAGGUUGGGAAGAUGCUUUUGGAACAUCAGACCACGAAGAAGCCGAGAGAAGGGCUAAGGCUGUAGGGAUGGACAUGGAAUGGCUACCGGAUGGUGGAGUGAAGACGAUCUUAGGGCCGCGAUCUCUGACCAAGGUGUUCGAUGGAAGAAAAGGGCGGAGAAUGUGGUUCAACAUGGUGGUUGGUAUGCAUGGGAAGGAGCUCAGCUCGGCCACGAUGGCCGAUGGAACUGAGAUACCAGAGGAAGUGGUGAAGAGAUGUGGAGAGAUAAUUGAAGAAGAGAGUAUCCAGUUUAAGUGGGAAAAGGGUGAUGUACUCUUCCUUGAUAACUUGGCUUUGCUCCAUGCUAGGAGGCCCUCUCUUCCUCCUAGAAAAGUCUUGGUUGCCAUAUGCAACUAG